AUGGUCCGGGUGAACAUCACAACAGUCACAGCGUCUGUGCUUUACAUUGUUUUAUUUACAGUUUCUGUCACCCAUUGUUGGACAUACCAUUAUUCCACACAGGGCAUGACCUAUGAUGACGCUCAGACAUUUUGUCAGACUAAAUAUACAGAUCUUGUUGCCAUACAGAAUAAAAAAGAGAUUGAUUACCUCAAAGAAAAUAUACCCAAACAAAUAUAUUACUAUUGGAUAGGAAUAAGGAAGAUCAAUGGUGUAUGGACUUGGGUGGGAACCAACCAGACUCUCACAAAAGAGGCAGAAAACUGGGGUGAGAAGGAACCAAAUAAUAAGAAGAACAAUGAAGACUGCGUUGAGAUAUAUAUUGGGAGAGAAAAGGAUCCAGGGAAGUGGAAUGAUGAUUCCUGCAAAAAGAGAAAACAUGCACUGUGCUAUACAGCAUCAUGCAACAGCACAUUAUGCAGUGGCCAUGGAGAAUGCAUUGAGACAAUCAACAACUUCACCUGUGCUUGUGAUGCAGGAUUCUACGGCGAUCUGUGUCAGCAUGUUGUACAAUGUCCACAUUUGCUAAAUGAACCACCGGCAUAUAUGAAUUGUUCCCAUCGUUGGGGAAUUUACAGUUUUGAAUCCCUCUGCCACUUUGAAUGUUGUGAUGGAUUUUUCCUUAAUGGAAUGGAUGAUAUCCAGUGUCUUUCUUCUGGGAACUGGAGUGAAGCAACUCCACAUUGCUCAGCUGUACAAUGUCCACAUUUGCUAACUGAACAACCAAAGUAUAUGAAUUGUUCCCAUCCUUGGGGAAAUUUCAGUUUUGAAUCCAUCUGCCACUUUGAAUGUCUUGAUGGAUUUUCCCUUAGUGGAAUGGAUACUAUCCAGUGUCUUUCUUCUGGGAACUGGAAUGAAGCACCUCCCCAUUGCUCAGCUGUACAAUGUCCACAUUUACUAACCGAAUCACCAGUGUAUAUAAACUGUUCCCAUCCAUGGGAAAAUGUCGGUGUUGGAUCCCUAUGUCACUUUAAAUGUGCUGAUGGAUUUUCUCUUAAUGGAACUGAUAAGGUCCAGUGUCUUUCUUCUGGGAACUGGAAUGAAGCACCUCCACAUUGCACAGUUAUUACAAUGUCUAAAUUUGCUUAUCUUAUUUCUAAUCAAACAAUGACCCUAGCAAAACACUUGCUCGACGUGCUAGCAAAAGAGCACGUCGAGCAAGCUACUAGGACCCAAGUAAAGGAGACCACCGAGAACCUGCUGCACCAGAACGUGGAGAUCACCCUUCAGGACUGCCAUCACACCAAGGCGACCACUUCACUUCCUUGCAUGGACUUUCCAUCUCAACAGCAAGUAUUACCAACUUAG